AUGUCGAGCAAGACUGUACCAAAGCAAUAUUACGCAUUGGUGGACGAUAUGAAGCGGAUAUCCAAGAUUAAUUGGAAUGCAUUCACCCUCCGGGUUUUGCUGGACUGCCUUCGCAACGUGAGGAAAGGCAAACACCUCCGCCAAUGGCCGAGAGGGAACUUAGCUCUCCUGCAGUACCUGUACUGGGAGAAGGUUCAGCCUCUGGAAGGUGAAUGCGCAUUCAAUCCUAGCUUGUCCAUGGAACCUCUAAUGAGGAAUUGGACUGAAGCUGCAGCCUCAAGGAGAGACAAGUUUGAUUAUAACCACGGCCGUGGCCGUGGUAACAUCAAGAUUGAAGACAACAUAACCAAGGAGUAUAGGGCGCAGGAGCGCAAAGUACCCGAACCAGAAAAGCCAAAAAUGAAGCCCGCCGUUGGUGCGGCAAAGAAGUCCAAGUUAACCUCAAACGCAGACGAGAUGAUGAACCUCAUCAUGAAGCGGUGUAUGGAUUACAUACGCAGCCAAAUGAAGGAAAUACCGGAACAAGUAGCCGAGAGAUUGCUAGAGAAGUUGAACCAAAAUGGUGUGAUGUACAAGCCAGCGGCUGCUGCGGCUUCCGGCAACAACGAUGCCGACCUAGAAGUGGAUUCCUUUGAGAAUGAGCCCGUGAUUGAUUUGACACAGCCUGACGAGCCUGUUGUAAACCAGAACAACGAUGAUGAGGAAAAAACACCUGCCAAGUUAAAUGUUGACAAGACAACGAAGCCUACUGAUGAGUGCGGCGCAACACUGGAGAACCCUUGGAUUGUAGGUAAUUCUCCUCGAGCAGAAUCGUCCGACAUUGACAUUUCUGCAAAUUCUAUCGACAAGAUGGUGGGUAAGAGCAAGGGGAAAAAGUCUGCAGCAACCGCAAAAGAAGACGAUGUUAUAUCCGGGAAGCGCCGACGGACUGUUCCCAAGAAAUUUGAAUCCCCCUUUAAACUUGACAAGCCCGGCAAGCGAAGCGCUCGCGCUCUGUUUAGUGACAAUGACAUGGAAGGCUCUGUUAAGGACGAUUUGACACCGGAACUCAUCGAUGCUGCUGUUGCGUUUGUGGAGGCAGCUGCUCGGUCUGAGAAGAAUAUGACAAAAAGAGUUUACUACAAUGAACGUGGCACCUCUGUGACUGUGGAGAGUAUACGACCGAUUAUCGAUGCUUAUCAGACACAUUUGGCUCUGCGCAUUGGUCAUGAUCGGCACCUCUGUCCAGCCUGGAGGAACUCUUGUGGCCUUUUUGUGAUUGAAGUUAUGGAGCGUUGGGACGGGGAUCGAUGGACCGCCGAUUUUACCCAGGGCACGGUUAAUGCAAGGAGAAGGCGUCUCGUCGCCGAGUUGGUUCUCUCACCUACCAACACGCUCGAAUGUGUGAAGAACAAAAUCCGCGACAUCGCAAAGAAAAGCAAGGCAUGA